AUGCGAAAGGGCCAGUUGGGGUCAGAAUAUUCCAAUGGGAUUCAGUCCUAUAAUUAUUUUGCGUUCAGUCAAACAAGUCUGGAAAAAGUUCGUGUCGUUAUUCUGGGAGACUCACCUUCACCAUCGUGUAUCUCGUUGGGUUACGCGUUUGGAACUGCGUUCAAGCCUUCACGUAGUUUGCUCACGAUCUGCGAGUGUAUUGAACGCGAAUACAAAGGCGUUACUUUGGAACCAACGGGUCAAUUAGACGGUUGGAUUGAGCGAGGUGUACUCUUAAUGAAUGCCAAUAUUAUUGACAAUUCUGAAGAUACCAAGAAAUAUCAGGCCCUCAUCCACGCUAUCCUUAGGGGCGUGUCACGCCGCAAUAAUAACAUUGUUUACUUGCUAUUUGGGGGCCAGGCUAAGACCGCAUUUUAUAAUGGAUGUACCAUGGUUCACCCUAACAACGUGUUCGAAAUGUAUCACCCAAACGCAAAACGUUAUGCAAAUGAUUCCUCCAGUGUUGCAAACUUUGAGAGGGAAUUUUACGAAAAGGAGCCAUUUUCUAAUGCAAACGUACGAUUGGAAGCGAUGUAUGGGAGAGAUUCAGUCAUUUAUUGGGAAUAUAUGACCAACUUGGACGUAUCAGAUGAAGAAAGUAGUGACGAUGAAGACCCUUGGGAAGGUUGUCACUUUCAUGAUGAUUGA